AUGGCCACUGAGCGUGAAAGCAAGACCUUCCUCGCCCGCCUCUGCGAGCAAGCCGAGCGGUACGAUGAGAUGGUUACCUACAUGAAGGAGGUUGCCAAGAUCGGCGGCGAGCUCACCGUCGACGAGCGUAACCUUCUCAGCGUCGCCUACAAGAACGUCGUUGGCACCCGCCGUGCCUCGUGGCGCAUCAUCUCCUCCAUCGAGCAGAAGGAGGAGUCCAAGGGCACCGACAAGCACGUACCUACCAUCAAGGAAUACCGCCAGAAGAUUGAGACCGAGCUCGAGAAGGUCUGCCAGGAUGUCCUCGAUGUUCUUGACGAGAGCCUGAUUCCCAACUCCGCUACUGGCGAGUCCAAGGUCUUCUACCACAAGAUGAAGGGUGACUACCACCGCUACCUUGCCGAGUUCGCUUCUGGCGAAAAGCGCAAGGUUGCCGCCACUGCUGCCCACGAUGCCUACAAGAACGCUACCGACGUGGCCCAAACUGAGCUCACCCCCACGCAUCCCAUCCGCCUGGGUCUUGCUCUUAACUUCUCCGUCUUCUACUACGAGAUCCUCAACUCUCCCGACCGUGCUUGCCACCUCGCCAAGCAGGCCUUUGACGAUGCUAUUGCUGAACUCGACUCAUUGUCUGAGGAGUCGUACCGCGACAGCACCCUGAUAAUGCAGCUUCUUCGUGACAACCUCACCCUGUGGACCUCUUCUGAUACGGCCGAGGCCGAGCCCGCCGCCGAGGCCCCCAAGAAGGACGAGGCCGCCGCCCCCGCUGAGGCCGAGAAGCCCGCCGAAGAGGCCACCACUGAGGCCGCCGCCACUGCUGGUGCCUCCUAA